UAAGGUUUCAAUAUGGCGGACGGGUUGUGGUGGAUUUGAAAUCAGGCUUUAACGAGAAAAUAGACGCGAUGAAAAAGAAAAACAGCAAGAAGCAGGUCAAAGUAACAUCCGCUCUCGACGAGCAAACUUCCAGUUAUUUCAAAAGGGUAGAAGAUAUGAUAAAUGAAGACGAUUUUGAUGAUGAUGAGAGUCGAAAGCUAUUUAUGGAAAACGUGUUUACACAAGUUGAAAACAACGAGGUUAAACUUUCCUGUGAUAUGAUAGUCAGCAGAACUAUGGAGAAGCUAAUCGUUUAUUUGAACGAUAUCCAAAUUCGCCGCGUAAUACAAAACAUUGAGGAUCAUUUCUGCCAAAUCGCUAUGGACAAAUUCGGUAGCCAUGUGCUCCAAUCGCUCAUUUGUGCUAUUCCAAAAGCAAUAAGGUCGGAGCGCAGUAAAAACAGAGAAAUUGAAAAUAAUAUCGACGAUUUGAAAAGUGCGGAGGAACUUUUCCUGAGUCUCUGUGAUUGUUUUCGAGAGAAUAUAGGUGAACUUGUCAGCCAUACUUACGGAAGCCAUGUUCUCAGAACUGCCUUUGAGGUGCUGGGUGGUGUGAAAGUAGCGGAUAAUGUGGUACGUAGUCGAGCCUCACGGCGAAGUAGAGAAAAAAGUUAUCAAUCAGAGGAGAAAAGACAGUCAAUCAAGCAGAGUCAAGGUAUUAAACAUUUUAAUUAAGUGUACAGCUAUCAGGGGUUUCAAAACAAGCUAGUAACAGCCAGAAUUCUGCCAGCUACUUGAUAACGUGUUGCUGGUUAUUCUGGUCAAAAUAAUUACCUUUUGGCUCUUAAUGAACUUUUCACAGUCAUCCAUUUUUGCAGAGCCUGAUACUUCAAAACAUUUUGAAACCCCUGAACUAUGUUAGCUGAUUCUUCCUAGAGGCUCAUAAAAAGAAUUGACUCAAGAUGAGUAGAAUAACAGGAUAAAUAGAUAACAGGUGAUAUUAAAGUUUUUUUCAGGGCGUAUAACGUAAAUGACUUAUCAAAUAGGCUGUUUUUCAGCUGAAAAGAAGUGUAUAAAGAGCAAAAGUUUAUCAUGCUAUGGGUUUAUUGAGUGUAACCAGUAAUAUCAAAUGAAUGUAAGUGCCACUGCCACAAGUGAAACUGGAAGAAAAUGGAGUGAACUUGUAUUCUUCAAAAUUACUAGUGCUCUUAGUUUUACCUGCAACUGGCUGGUGUCUUUUAUAUCAAUAAUAGAGAACCGGAGGGUAGAAGAGACCAGGUGCUUUCAAGGCCAAGAUUCAGAAUUACAUAUCACUCUAUCAUGAAACAAUUGUAAAAGAAACUGCCACUUUUGAAACAAGUUGUUAUAAAAUUUUCAAAAUGAUUUUUCAAUUUAAAGUUUAUUUGUAUUAUUGUGAAUGAGGUAUUUAGUGUGAGAAAAAGUAGAAACAGUGCAUGUGGUGUAUCAUGAUUGUUUCUGUUACCUGGUUAAUCUCUCUUAUACUUUCCUUUUAUCAUACAGUGGGAAAUGCCUUUGGAACAGAGGCCAUCACACAUAUGGAGACAGUUGCAGUUCCAGAUAGCUUUCUACCUGUUCUCAAACAACUCACCAACAUAAUAAUUGAAAUGGAACUCCAAAAAUUGGCUCUUCACCCAGUAAGUAAUCCCCUCUUGCAGACAUUACUACUGGUUCUACACAGGAAAGAUCAGUCAUUGUGUAUGAAGUUAUGCAAGGCAGUUAUGUCUCAAAUUGACAUGUACAACAGUAAGAAAGGAAGGAUCAAAGGACCCAGAGAACCUAAGGAAAGUGACAGUGAGCAGGCCCAAAAAGGGCAAGAAAGGUAAUGGUCAUAUCUGCAUAAAGAACAACAGCAAAAAAAAAUCACAUAUAUUGGUUUGAUGAAAUCAACUGCAAAUUUAAGAUGGCAAGCAAGGGCAGUGACUGUGUAAUGUUACUAUUGUGUUUCGUCGCACAUGAUUACAUCACAUUCUAAAGUUCUUGUACCAACAGGUGCUCACGGGGUGUGAAUAAAUUUGUUCAUCAUGGCUGUUUUUAGUUUUAAGUUAUGACAUCAUGUACAUACUGUUGUAUAUAGGUUGUAUGAUUUCAUGUACUGUUUGUUUCUUUCAUUUUCAGAAGCUACAGGGUACCUGUUCUGCUUUCAAAUGAGAUCAGCAGUCACUUGGUUGAAAAGAUUUUACAUGUUGUUACACCUGAACUUUGGCAAGAAAUUUAUGAUUCUUACUUCAAUACUCACUUGGUUCAGUUGUCCUGCCAUCCUAUUGCUAAUUUUAUUGUACAACAUCUGAUGGCAAGCACAACAGAUAAAGCUCAGGUUAGAUUUGUUUUCUGUUAUUUAACUGUUUACUUAUUUUUGGUAAUUGUUGUGAUAAUUUCAUGUAGUGAAACCUUUAAAAAGCAGGCACUUUCAUUACUCUAUCCAGUGUUGGCUUAACCCUUUAUAUCAGUAUGCAAAUUCUCCAUACUGUUCUCCAUACCUUUCCCAUGGCUCUUACUAGGAGAAUUUGUCUAACAAUCAAGAGUUUCUUAAGUUUGUGAUCACUUCCUUUAUUCUCAUGACCUUAAUGUGUGAUUCAGGGAUGAUACUGUUGGGUGAUAUUAGAUGCUUAUCACUCCUGCAGCUUAAAGGGUUAUUUCAUUGAGGACUCUUCAAAUAUGGUUCAUAUUUAAUCCAGCACAUCAUUUUUUUUUGUCCUAUGAUUGACUGCAAUCUUUUUAGUUGUGAUUGUGGGUAGUGAGAUUCAAGAAGAAGUCAUUUUUUAUAGUCAUUUUAAGUCCCUGGAUUAUAAGUUGACUUUUCUGUGAUUUAGGCAAAGCAAAUGUUAGCAGAGCUGCUACCAUAUCUGGAAGAUCUUCUUGCAAAUGAGCAUAUGGGCAUUGUAGUAAGAAUGGCUGAAGUUGCUGUGCGGUUUGUGAUCAAGCAAAAAACAAUGUUGAAAGCGCUGCUGCAAGCAUUUCACUGUGAAGGAAAAGAGGAACAAUCCAGUGCUGUUCUUUUGUUCUUGUCAUUAACAACUUAUGACAUUUUCUAUGGAACAAAGUUAAAUGAAAAAGGAGAAAGUGAAGAAGGUGUCAAUACUAUUUCGGUGAGUAAACUGGGGUUGUUUUGGUUGUAACUGCCUUGUUAGCUCAGGUUGUAGAACGUCAAACUGUUUAGUAGAAGGUUGUGGGCUCAAGCCCCAGAGCAAACCAAUACUCAGGGUCUUGAAAUAGCUGAGGAGUAUGUGCUACCUUUUUUGUGACACCUGCAAUUGUUUGAUGUUAUAGUCUUCUUGGAUAAAGAUGAUAAACUGUACACCCCAUUUCCUGCAACUUCUUUGUAUUAAUUAGUUAACAGGGGUAGUUAAAGAACCCAAGCACUUCUCCCAAAUAGUAGGGAAUGUACCCUACAGAAAUUGGGGGCAUCUGCAAAGUUUUCCUUCAUCUUUUUACCAAUUCUUAUAUUAUUGUUAGAAUUUAUUUAUUUAUUAUAUUAUUGUUUUUACUUCUUAGUGUAACAGGGAAUUAUUUGUCUUGUAGUAUUUACUUUUAAAUUAGAUGGUGUGUAAUUUCAUUAUGUAAUGUCACACCUGUAUAGCUAGGUCUAUGAUAUAAUAAACUUCCAUUGUAAUUUUGUGCAUAAACAACAAUAUUAUGGUUUCUCCUAUCUUCCCUUUUAUUUUCCAUAGGAAGAAUCUCCACCUGAAGCUAAGCUUAAAUCCAUUAACUUUCAUGGAGCAUUGUUACUGAAGACAUUAUUUGAUUUUCAAGACCCAAACAAGCUGGUAACAAGUCUGCUUUGUCUUUCCUUGGGGGAAUUAAUGACUCUUGCCUCUGACUCAAUGGGUUCUUAUGCAUUGGAAGCUUUCUUGAAGAGCAGAUUUGUGCCAUCAGAGAAGAAACAUGUUCUAAUUGAGAAGUUUAAGGUAAUAUUUACAUUUUUGUUUCAUUUCUCUUCAUUACACUGCAUAUAUUAAGAUACUUUUGUACAUGUUUAAUAUAGCCAAUCGGCAGCUAACAUGUAACUUGUCUUUCAUGCCACUCUGUCAAGUUGAUGAAUGAAUGGCAAAGACAAUCCAACUUCAUUUGUCAAAAGUUUCUUUUUUCUUGUCAGUAAAGGCCUGUGGUGUUUAUAUGAGAAAAAAAUUUAAUAAUACAUAGCUGCUUGUAGUCUGAUAAGAGCAAUUUUCGAUUGAAUGUCUUAAAACCAAAGCCAAAGUAACCACAACCAGAAGGAUAAUAACUUAAGAGCCAAUGAGAACAAAAAUAACAACAACAGCAACAACCAAGGUGCAAAAAGGGCGAGAAAACAUGAAGAACAAUUUGUGAUUGGUUUUAGACCCAUUUCAGUUUUGCAACGGAUUGGUUGAGAGAGUGACAUGAGCUUUCUGAACCAAUCACAGGAUGAAGUAAAGCAAAACUGAUGCAAUCCUGGAUUACUUUUGAUGUUUAUUUGAGAAUUGCUCAGUUGCAUAAAAUACCAUAGACUAAAGCUGAUCAGGUAUACAGCCAAGGCUUAGUGUUCCAGAAACAUCGUUUGCAUAUCAUUUUGCAUAUAAUAAACUCCAACAAAUUUAAGAGCUGUUAAGCUCCUCAAGUUUCGAACAUACAUUGAGUGAUUAGUUAAAUUUUAGACCCAUAGGGGCCGAUGUAAAUGUACAUCAUUAUUGACCCAUCAUCCCCUAAGAGUGAUAAGCAUCUAAUUUCUCCUUAAAAUGUCAUCCCUGAAUCCAACAUUAAGGUGACAAGAAUAAAGAAAAUGAUCACCCACUAAAGAAGUAUUUGAUUCUUAAACAAAUUCUCCUUGUCAGUAACCUUUGGAUAUGUAUAGAGAACAGUAUGGAGAAUAUAUGUUCUGAUAUUAGGGUGUAAAGGGUUAAAUUAAAUUCUGUCGAUUAAACCAUUGGUACCCAAUGAAGAAUCGAAGACCAAUCUUGUCUCUAUCUUUCAGGGGACCUUUGUGAGACUUGCGUGUGAAAAACAAGGUAGCCAUGUUGUUGAAACUUGUUGGAGACAAGCAGAGGUGAAAUAUAAGGAAGCCAUUACCCAAGAGCUGCUCAUUAGUGAACAACAGCUCAAUGGUAAUUUCUAUGGCAGAAUUGUGCUCAGAAAUUGUGGCGCCCAGCACUUUAAAAGGAAAGACAAAACCUGGCACGGGAAGGAGCAAAAGGCAGUAAGGAAAAGAAAAUUUUUGGAAGAGAUUCUAGAGGAGAGAGAGCAUAUUGAGCAUAUCAAGAAAGCGAAGCUGGUGGAAGACAGCAAGUCCAGAAAGUUCGGCCGAGAAAUGGCGGCACUGGGUUUCACAGCAAGAGGGGAAGAUGCUGUUGAUUCAGAGGAAGUAUGUUCUAACAGGACAAAAUAUUUUUCAACUUCAGAAUUAUUUCUAUUCUAGGAAAAAUAUAAAUGUGGUAGCCACGGAAUCGAGUUCUCCGACUGGGAACUUUUCUCUCAUAGGUCGUGUGCUUUUAAGUAAGUGCGCAGCAGUGUCAGUGUCCGAGCAACUGCGCGCCCACCCCUACGCUAACCCAAUAUUAACUAUACUUGUUAUUAGUUGACUGUUGUUGGGUUAGGGGAGGGGGAGGUUGAUCCGUAAGUACUAGCGACGACGAUGUGGUGAUUUUUUUUUUUUGCCUCGUUUCUCGUAGGAAGAUGACGUUGAUGACACGAAAGGGUCGGUUGAUGCCUCGUUCGAAAAGAAACCGAAAAAGGGUCAGUGUGCGAGCAAAAAGGUGGAGACCGAGAAAAAGAAAAAGAACCGCCUUUCUGACGACACAGACAAGCCUGCUGAGUUUGAAUUCAUUGAUAGUGCUAUCAAGGCCACAAAGUCUCUGAAGAAGUCGAAAAAAGAGCAGAAAAAGAAGAAACAAAAGUAGUUCAUUAUUUUUAUGAACAAUGUAUAGCCCUCAAAUGCUGCUUAUUUAACUUUAAAUUCGUCUUGUGAUUAAAAAAAUGAUCCAACCAAAAUUAGGAUAUUUCAUUAGUCAUCUUACGAAGCUUCUGAUAUAAAGCCAGGUAUUUUAUUUGCAAGGAAAAUGUUAUUAGGCAUUUGAAAAAUUAUGUUUUCAAUUGUCCUCUUCCCUUUUUGCGUACGCUCUUCCACCCAAGCUUGAUCUAACCGAAGUACGCAUUCUUACAGUCAUCUUACAGAGUUUCAUCGAGGCAGACAUUUUAUCUGUAGGGAAAAUGUAACAAAGAAUAUAAGAAAUUAGGGCUUCUGUAUGGUGUAGCGGAUAUGUCAACUUUCACCGCUUCAGUAGCUUGGUGAAGUUAAUUUUUAAGACUUUGUCCACUCUUUCCGCACGUGAAAAAAAUUAGACUGUGCAAUUCAUUUAAUGCCUAGAUUUUCCGUUUUUUAAAGGAGAAAGACAAGGCAGCUUCAACUGUGCGAGAAUGUUCGAUACAAAUCUUAUGUCAACAGGAGAGAUAGAUAUGCUGCAUGUACCAAAGAGGCCG